GAAUACUCUUAAUGGUGACUGCGUUUGUGUCUAAGCGAGGCUUUCAUGCCAGGUGAUAACCAUAAUUUAAUUCAAAGAAUAAGGGGAAUUUUGAUUUAUGAAUUCAAUCAUAUAACAACAAAUACUUACUCGCACCAGAUAAGUCAUUUUAUGACCGAAGAAAGUUAAGAAUUACGCUACUAAUUUCUAACUUUCUUUGGUCAUAAAAUAAUCCAGAUGGUAUUCCCUAAUAAUAGAUGUAAUAAUAGGAUUUUGUAAUAGCUCCAAGUGAUGAUUACCAUACACUACAAAACAUAAAAUCUGGACAGUGAAUUUGAGUGACUUUAGCAGGCUUGCGUAUAAUGUGGAUCACAAAUAACAACCUUGUUUCCUACUCCAACGACUUCUAACUGUCUUUCCCCCUUUUAUGUUUCGACUAACUGCUCAUUUUUCUUGUAAGCAUUCCACCUUCUCAGAUCUCUAAUCAAGAGGAAAUUAAGCUUAGAGAAUAAUCAAGAAAAUUACCACAAACCAUGUCUUACUACCCGAGAGGCCACCGUCAAAGUGACGAUGUCCCUGAAUUCGACGAGUAUGAUCAGACUCCCUAUGGUGGUGGAUAUGAUAUCUCAUUGACAUAUGGCAGGCCAAUUCCACCUUCCGAGGAAACUUGCUAUCCUCCGACGUCCUCAACGUCUGAUGAUUUCGACUAUGAUCGUCCCCAUUACACUUCCUCUGCAGAACCCUCAGCCUAUGCUGAUGAAGCUCUUGAUAAUGAGUAUCAGAGCUAUUCCAAGCCUAAGACCCGUCCCUCGCUUUCCCGUCCAUCUAACGAUGGGGAUGAAGAUGAGAAGCCUCGUCGCAGGCCUGGAAUGAAUCGUCCUAGUGGAGGUUAUGGUGGAGAAAGCGAGUAUGGUGCGAGUGGAAUUAAAUCUGAUGAAACCGGGUAUGGAAGCCGGACUGAGUACGGGAAACCCAAAAAGGCACAUGGAUCUGGAUAUGGACGGAACGACGAGGAUGAGGAGCCUGAUACGGAAUAUGGAUCAGGUUAUGGGAGGAAAAGCAAAAAUGAUGAAGAACCUGAAUCCGAGUAUGGAUCAGGUUACGGAAGGAAAAGUGAGUAUGAGGAGAAAAGUUCGGAAUACGGGUCUGGUUAUGGACGAAAAACUGACUCUGAUGAGUAUGGAUCAAGACACAGAAGGAAAAGCGAGGACGAGGAGAAAAGCUCAGAAUAUGGUUCUGGUUAUGGACGAAAGACCAACUCUGAUGAGUAUGGAUCAGGUUAUGGAAGGAAAAGUGAGUAUGAAGAGAAAAGUUCAGAAUACGGAUCUGGUUAUGGACGAAAAACUGACUCUGAUGAAUAUGGAUCAGGAUAUCGAAAAAAAAGUGAGUACGAGGAGAAGAGUUCGGAAUACGGGUCUGGUUAUGGAAAUAAAUCUGGUGGAUAUGGGAGUGAAACUGCAUCCGGUUAUGGAUCGAGGAACAGAAGAGAGAGUGAUGACGAGGAGAAAAACUCAGAAUACAGGUCAAGUUAUGGGCGAAAGACCGACUCUGAUGAGUAUGGAUCUAGUGGAUAUGGGAAGAAAACAAACUACGGAGAGGAAGAGGACAGUGGGUAUGGCUAUGGAGAGAAAUCAACUAGUUAUGGGCGUUCAAACUAUGAGACAACGGAGAGCGAAGGGUACGGGACAUCAACAUUUGAGAGGCCUAGUUAUGGAAGGUCUGAGGAAGAGGACUACAAAAAGCCCAGCUAUGGGAGGCGUGACGAUGAUGAUGAAGGCUAUGGUCGCAAGAAAUAUGGUGAUGAUGACUCUGAGGAGGACGAGGAGAAGAAACAACGUAAGCAUCGCCACCAUCGCAAACACUCUGAUGAAUGAGCAGAGUGCUUUGUACCUGCGUCACAGAUUCAUGCCUUAUUGAAGUUUUAGUAAAUAGAAGUUGUAGUAAAUAAAACUUGGCAUGUCUUCACAGUGUUUUGUUCCAUUGCAAACACUGCUGAUUAAGUAGAGUGCUUUUGUCAUCUGCUCCAGAUUAAUGCCAUAUUACUAGUAAUUAUUAGUAAAUAAAAGUUGGCAUGUCUUCGUCGUGUUUUGUCUGUUCAGAGAAGAAAGUGUUGGUAGUUCUUUUUAGUAGUAGGUAUCUUGCUCUUCUCUACUUAAAUAAAAUCCCAGACUGUUCAGGC